GUGGAUGGAGAAGAAUCUUUAAAGGAAAGUGAUAGAAUUAGUAAAGUAAAAUUGAAACACAAGAUCCUGUUAAUGUUUGCAGGAAAAGAAAGGCUUGUGAUGCUUUUACGAUAGAUGAAGAAAGUGACAACAUGGGAAACCACUUCAUGGCCCCUUCAGCUACAACAUCAAAAUCAAAAGAACUUUCAAUGCAAGAAACCCAAACAGAAGCCGAAUGCUGUUGUAGAAAACUUGAAAAGAAAAUAACAAGGCUCGAAGAACAUAUAAUAAAAAUGAAUGCAACGUUUCAUACAAAACUAGACCAAAUUAUGGAGAAUUUAAGAGGUUCUGGGCCCCUUAUUCCUAAUGGAACAAAUAAUAGUACUUUUGAUAGUUUCUUCCCACUCGGGACAGUCGAGGAGAUAACAUGUUGUGAAGAAAUGUUAAAGGAUUACGAAUAUGUUGCCGAAUUGCAAAACUUUGUUAUGAAAGUUGGGGGUCGUAAACAAUGUGAGUACAUCAAGAAUGUCUUGAGAAAAGUAUUUUCUAGAGAAUUGGCAGCGGUCUGUUCCUGGUAUGGAAGGAAAGAUAAUUUUGCUGUUAAUAACUUGAUGACCAUGAAAAUAAUUAAAGAUACAUUAAUAACCCACAUACCAGAUUUAACCGAAUCAAUAUUUGUACAAACAGCUGUUGAGUGGUUUCGAUUUGGAAAGCAACGGUUAUCACGAUGCCAAAAUAAGACGACAUGA